AUGAUUUCCAUAUCUGGAAAAUGUCUCACUGAUUUCGGCCUACCCCCACCACAGCGAAGAGGGGAAUUAUCAAGUGAAGUUGUGAAGAAGCUAAACUACGACACCGUGGUUUUAGAAGCGAAGGUCAAUGGAAUGAUACCACGAUUACUUUACGAGCAGCGCAAAUUCUACGAAACGAUUCUCAACCGAGUAAAUAAUGGAGAGGAGGGAUUAUUUUUUCUUGACGCACCAGAGGGUACGAGUAAGACAUUUGUGCUGAAUCUCCUGCCAGCCCAACUCCGCAAGGGCCUCAAUAUAGCUCUGGCCGUAUCUUCCUCUGACAUUGCUGCCACUUUGCUUAACAAUGGCCACAUUGAUCAUUCCGUUUUCAAAUUGCAACUUAAUCUUGCAAGCGAACAUACCCCUACAUGCAACAUCACCAAAAACAACGACCGGGGAGUCCUUAUGAAGCAAUACAAGUUAAUAGUAAUGGACGAGUGCACAAUGUCGCACAAACAUGCAUUAGAGGCGUUAAACCGCAGCCUGGUGGACAUCCGCGGCAAUCAGGUGGUGAUGGGCGGCUUUGCCAUUUUGCUCGCAGGCGAUUUUAAACAGGCACUGCCGAGUGUUGAUCAGACCGUCAGUUCUCAUACAUACACAUUAAAAUUUCCACGCGAGCGAAGUCGCGCGUAA